AUGGAUGCACUGGACGAGAAGCAUUCAAUGGAAAUUGACGACAUUGUAUCAGUACAAGAUCAUGAAGCAUUCGCGGCGAAGCAUAUGCCGGAUCUGGGACACGAAGUCAAGGACUUCCAGGUGUUCACUUGGCGACUAACCAACUGGAAGAAAUUGGAGAAGAAGAUAACGAGCCCGGAAUUCGAAUGUGGGGGUCAUAAAUGGCGUAUCCUGCUAUUUCCUUUCGGCAACUCGAACGCUCCGCCAAAUGAUACAGUUUCUGUCUAUCUCGACUAUGCGGAACCCAAGAAAGCCCCAGAGGGCUGGCAUGCAUGCGCUCAGUUUGCCCUGGUUAUCUCAAACAUAUACGACCCUGCGAUAUACACCGUCAGCCAUGCUCACCACCGUUUCAUCGCCGAAGAAUCCGACUGGGGAUUUACUCGCUUUAGUGAACUGCGGAAACUUUUCCAUGUCGCUGAAGGGCACAAUCGUCCAACCAUCGAAGAAGAAUCAGCCGACGUCACUGUUUUCGUUCGUGUACUAGAAGAUCCUACUGGGGUACUAUGGCAUAAUUUCGUCAACUAUGACUCAAAGAAGGAAACGGGUUUCGUAGGCCUGAAGAAUCAGGGCGCAACAUGUUACAUGAAUUCUCUCCUUCAAAGUCUCUACUGCACUCGCUACUUUCGACGCGCUGUGUACCAAAUACCAACGGAGGACGACAUUCCCACUGAGAGUGUUCCAUUGGCUCUACAACGUGCAUUUUACCACCUGCAGACAUCGGACCAACCCGUUGGUACUACUGAGCUCACGAAAUCCUUUGGGUGGAAAUCCCUCGAUUCUUUCCUACAACACGAUGUCCAGGAAUUCAAUCGUGUACUUCAGGACAAGCUGGAAUCCAAAAUGAAGGGCACGAAAGCGGAAGGCGCCAUUGCCAAGCUUUUUGUAGGCAAGAUGAAGAGCUUCAUCAAAUGUGUUAAUGUUGAAUACGAGUCCUCGAGAAUUGAGGAGUUCAAUGACAUCCAAUUGAAUGUCAAGGGCAUGAAGAACCUUUACGAAUCAUUCAAAGACUACGUAGCAGUCGAGACACUUGAAGGGGAGAACAAAUACCAAGCAGAAGGAUUUGGUCUUCAAGAUGCCAAGAAAGGCAUCGUCUUCGAAUCAUUCCCCCCUGUCCUGCACCUUCAGCUCAAGCGGUUUGAGUACGAUAUUCAACGCGAUGCUAUGGUCAAGAUCAAUGAUCGCCACGAAUUCCCUUUCGAAAUCGACUUGGGCGAGUUCCUCGACUCAAAUGCCGAUCGUUCACAGCCGUGGGUGUACAAACUGCACGGUGUGCUUGUACAUUCAGGUGAUUUGCACGGUGGUCACUACUUCGCUUUGAUCAAGCCUGACCGCGACACGAGGUGGUUGAAGUUCGAUGAUGAUCGUGUAACGCCGGUGACUGAUAGGGAGGUGUUGGAGGAGAAUUAUGGUGGGGAAGCGUUGAAUGGCGUUCCUGCUGCUUUGCAGCGGAACCAGGUGCGCGCCAUGAAGAGGUUUACAAACGCAUAUAUGUUGGUGUACAUCCGAGAAUGCGCCAUUGACGAGGUAUUGGCACCGUUCACCGAGGAGGACACCCCAACCCAUCUGAAACGCCGGCUAGAAGAGGAGCGCGUACAACAAGAGGCGAAGAAGCGUGAGCGGGAAGAGCAACAUCUCUUCCUCACUGCGAAGGUCAUCACGGACGAAACAUUCACUCGCCAUGAAGGCUUCGACUUGGCGACAUUCGACGAAAAGAACUGGCCGGCGUCCGAUCUUCCAAGCUUCCGUGUCUUGAAGCAAGAAACGUACAGCAUGUUUAAGAGUCGUGUGGCGCAACACUUCCAUUAUCCUGAGAAUCAAAUACGCCUCUGGGUCCUUGUAAACCGCCAGAAUAAGACUGUCAGGCCCGAUACUCACAUCCCGGAGAACGAACCUACUCUGACGGUUGAGGUUAUUCGCAACAAUAUGGCGGCGAGACAAAAUGACCUUCGGCUAUACCUUGAUGUCAUCCCCGAUCCUUCAAAGCCUGACCCCCCAGCCCAAUCCAUUAUGAUCUUCCUCAAGCACUUUGAUACAUCGAAGCAGAGUCUGUUCGGUGUGGGCAAAGUCUACAUGCCAAAGAACAGCAAGGUCGGCGACUUGAUGACCGUAGUGAAUGAGCGCAUGCGUUGGACACCAGGGACGCCGAUCAAACUCUACGAGGAAAUCAAACCCGGAAUGAUCGAGCUUAUGAAGCCCAAACUGUCGUUCGCUCAGAGCGAGAUUCAGGACGGAGACGUCAUUUGCUUCCAAGUCGAUAUAUCGGAGAAAGAGAUCCAUGACCUUGAAGCUCAAGGCCUCUACUCGAAUCCCGUACAGUACUACGACUUCCUACAAAACCGGGUAAUGAUAAUCUUCCGACCUAAAUUCGACGAACCCGAUCACGACCACCCUGAGUUCAGCCUUGUCCUCAGCAAGAAGCAGAACUAUGACAUAAUGUCUCAGAAAGCUGGAGAAUACCUACGACACGACCAGAUUAAACUACGAUUUACUACGACCCAUGCCACGAACGGUAGCCCGAAGGCGGUUCUCAAGAGAAGCCUGAACCAGAGUAUCCAAGAGAUCAUGACCCCGAACUACAUGAACCCUACCACCACUGUUAUCCUCUACGAGAAGCUUGACGUCAGCAUAGUCGAACUCGAGACGAAACGCAGUCUGAAGGUAGUGUGGACUGGGAUCCACAAUAAGGAGGAGGGGACACAUUCAUUCCUACUCCCGAAGACGAGUAUGGUACACGAUCUAGGCGAUCACCUCGCCAAACAAGUCACUCUGUCGCCAGGCGGAACAGGAAAGAUUCGCAUAUUCGAGAUUUCGAAAGACGGCAAGAUGCAAAGGGAGUUCACCGGGUCAGAGAUGAUUGGUAACAUUCCCGAUCCAGUGGAGCUAUACGCUGAGGAAAUACCGCGUGAGGAGGCCGAAGCUGACGAUUCGGACAAAGUCAUAGGUGUCUUUCACUUCUCUAAGGAGCUCGUGCGGACGCACGGUGUACCAUUCAAAUUCGUAGUCAAGCGGGGCGAGAAAUUCUCGGAGACCAAGAAGCGACUCCAAGCUCGGAUAGGUGUCUCAGACAAGGAGCUAGCAAAAUACCGCUUUGCUUUGAUACAAGCAUCGACAUUCAAACAACCUUCGUAUAUAGAAGACGACGACACCAUUUACGAACACCAAUUCGCGCCAGAAGAUGUCCUUGGGCUCGAUCAUGUCGAUAAGUCUGGUAAAACACGGACGGGAGGUGCGGAGAAGGCUAUCGUGAUCAGAGGAUAA